UUGAAUCAUUUCCCGAAACAGGUAAGAUGUCGUUCGGAUAAACAAGCAUGUAAAGUUGACACCUGAAAAGGGGUAAUAUUAAUAGCUCAUACCAGUGAAUCAUGUAUUAUGGAAGUUAUUUUAGAUCAAUUCUUGCGUUUGAAUGACUUUAAAAUAGAAUGACUGUGAUAAUAAAAGGGACAUUUAAGUUUUUUGGUAUUGAUCAAUCAAUUAAUAGGUCUGUUUACCCCUAUCAUAAAUGGAAGAGAUCACUUCUGUCAUUGUUUUGGUUCGUUCGGCAAAGUUCGGUUUUUCUGCGAGUUGCUGUGGGCGGUCUGUUGUAGAAAUCAGCUGUGUUUUCAUUACAGAUAACAACCCAGAAUUUGCCUUUUCCAAGAUGUCCUCACCACCGCCGAAUAAGAGAAGAAUAGAUGCAGACAUAAUGAAAUUGAUUGAAGGAAAAAAAGAAGUAACCAUUCUAGGAGGGCUUAAUGAAUUCAUUGUCAAAUUCAAUGGACCUGAAGGAACACCAUAUGAAGGAGGGAUAUGGAAAGUCAGAGUAGAUCUACCAGACAAGUAUCCUUAUAAGUCACCUUCUAUUGGCUUCUUGAACAAAAUAUAUCAUCCAAAUAUAGAUGAGGCUUCUGGGACAGUCUGUUUAGAUGUUAUCAACCAAGCUUGGACACCGUUGUAUGAUUUAUCAAAUAUAUUUGAGCAGUUCCUUCCACAACUACUGAGCUAUCCUAAUCCGGUAGACCCUCUCAAUGGAGAUGCUGCAGCACUGUUCUUGCACAAACCAGAUGAUUAUCAGAACAAAAUCAGGGAAUAUAUUAAAAGAUAUGCAACAGAGGAAGUACUGGAAGAGCAAGAGAACCCUUCAUCGUCAAGUGAAAGUUCCAUGAGUGAUUAUUCAGAAGAUGAAACAGAAGGAAUGGAGCUAUAGCACUAGCCCCCUCCCUCUACCCUUUUAUUCCUACCCUGUUCCCACCCACCCCUUGUCCUUUUGCAAUCUUAGCCCCUUUUUUGUACAGUAAUCCCUUAAAAUUGAAAUGUUUUUAAAGAAGAAAUGUGGAAGUGUCGGUUAUACCUAGUUCCAAGCCAUGUGAACAUUGCUGGGAAAAAGAUGUUUGUUUGAUUAUAAUCCAGCACCAAUGAGUUGGCAAAUUUUAUAUGGUUGCUUUCAAGAGAGCUCAAGUCAUGAUUUGAAUACCAGGUUUCCAUUAGAAAAAAAAAUCUAGUCACAUUUGACUCACCCAAUAUUUGCAAGUUAAAAUUGACACACUACUGUCGAAGAUGAUUUCUUUUACAAGGUCCUACUGUCACAUUUUUCACAUUGGAUAUUGUCAGAAGUUGACAUGAUUCUAGAAAACACAAUCUUGAUUGAAACAAUCAGAUUUCAUAGGCAAUUCCAUAAAAUAAUAAAUCCUUUUGUAAUUAUUUUACCCAUUUUUCUCCCUAUUUAGUUCACUUCACAAACUGCUCAAGCCAUGAUAAUUGAAGAGGAUUAAAACUUUUCAUAUAAUAAUAAUACUACUGAAUAUUUAUAAUGCACCAUGUCUAUUAAAGUUGACACUCUUGGUGCAAGAAUAUCAAAAAUCUGCUACCAUUUGGUACAUCCUUUCAGAGUUUUUGUGAAUUAUGGCACCAAAAGAUAUUUUUUAUGGAAGUGUGUCAAUUUUGAUGAGAAUCGUUGAGAAUCUGCAGGGGAACCUGUUCAGUCACAGACUAUACAUUUUUCUAUUGUAGAAGGUUUUUUUUUAUAAGUAAGCCAUCAUUUUAUGGAACUUUCUGGUAUUAUGCAUUGGUGCUAUUGAUUUUGAGAAGGCAUAGUAUUGAAUCAUAGUAUUGAAAUCUUGCCAUCAAGAUUUCUUGAUGGCAGAAUUCUGUCUACUCAAGAAAGAUUGUAAAUGGACGUCUCGCAUGAUGGAAAAUGUGUAGUGUAAAAGGGGUUCCCCUCUUCAUCACAGUACCUGUGUAUUCAAAAGCACUGCACGUUAGCUCUUGAGCUUGAUUUGAUUGGACCAGAAUUUUGCACACAUGAACUUCUAUCAAGGUAUAUAAUAUAGCAAUGAAACUAUCGGCACUGAAGUCUGUGUUGCAUAAAACCAAAUUCAAACAAUAUGCCAUUUAGAUUUAAAUACCUUCCAGCUACGAAAGAAAAAGUCGACUGUGUGAACAAUUUUUAACAUUUUUUCAACAGCGGAAACGUAGAGAAAAAAAUAAAUGGGCAAAUGGUUGGCCUGAUAUUAGCCAUGAAUUUGCGAAUUCCCAGCAAUGUGAACAUGGUCAAAGUUGAACUUACCACUGUGUCAGUUCUUUGCUUUCUAAUCUUUUUAAAGAUCUAUUUUUAAAAUGUAUCGAUAUGAAUAGAGUAUUUAUUUGAGAGGAGCAGAAUGGGAAGCUAGUAUGUUGUCUAGCAUGGCCUUGUAACAUAGCUAGAUACCAUUUACAAUUGAUUGGCAUUUUUAGAAAGGUUUGUCAUAGAUAAUCGAUUGUAAAAUUGAUUGUUUUAUGUUACAGGGCCUAGAUGUUAUAUAAAAGUCUAAAGUGUGGUGUCAUGAAUGUAUCUCGUCAGGUGUAGCUCUAUGCUUUUUCUCAUCAACAUAUUAUUUUUAUCUUGAAAUCGAAUCGCUCUUAUUUCUUCUUUUUCUCAUUUUUUUUAAUCAUAAGAUGAAACUCAAAAUCACUGUGUAUUUGUUGCAUAAAAGGAUAUAGAUUUGUGGACAUUUUUUUUAUUAUUUGAUUUGGUCAUGAUGAUGGUUUGCUUUUUAAGCAGAAGUUUCCCUGUAAAAUUUCACUGAUACUAUAAAAGAAGAGAAACUUGUUUAUGUCCUGUGAUAAUUCAGAUUUCCCCAUAUGGUUUUCAAAAAUAAGAAUAUGUUGUGAGAAUUACAGUGAACCUUUUUCUGUCUUACUCUUAUGUAUUGAUUUUUUCAAUUUCAUUGAAAUAACCUCUGAAACUUCAUAAACGAAAUAGAUAAAGACCCUCAGCAACACUGUAUGAAACUGAAGAACAGAAAGAAAAAUGGUAUUAUAAUCUUGGUCAAUGGAUUUUUGCUUUAACAGGGAAGUUCCAUCCUGUAGAUUCAUAUGAUUUAAACCCUUGAACAAGUUGAGUAAAACAAUGAUGGGUUAGAAAGGUACAUGUGAUGAACAUUUGAGGGUGAAAUUUAAGGUGAUUUUUUUAUAGAAAAAUAAAGUAAAAUUUCACAAAUAAGCAUGUUAAAGUGUUUCCCUAGUGUCCUAGUAUACCACACCCAAAGGUAUUAACAUUAAAUUCUAGAGUUUAAACUGCAUACCCAAAAGUGUUAAGACAACAUUAAAGAAAGAGGUUGUAAUAAACUAAGUAACACCACAAAUUGAUUACCAGACUAGGGUAGUUGUCUAAACACUGAUUAACACCAAAGUGUUUGCAUUAUAUGUUUAUUUUUUUUUACCCAGUAAGCUUUAUUUUAGAAUGUUUGAAAUGAUAGUGCUGUGUGUAGAAAAAUCACUCCCAAGUCAUGAAUACCAAUCAUCCACUUUGAUAUAACUUUAAUUUGAUUCUUAGAUAUUAAUUUUGGAUUACACAUAUGUCAAGUGUUCUUAAAUAUCUUUGUUUUAAAGAGAGAGAGAGAGGGAUGGCUGUUUGACUUGAAAGCUGCAACUUUAACCAAAUGAUACAUAUAAAAUCCUCCCUCUAAUUUUGCUGCUUGAGUGUGAAUGUUAUAUUAAUUUCCAAUAUAUAAUUUUAUUAUGUAUUAUUUAUAUUGUUAAAGAUUAAGAAGAACUCAAACUCAUGUUCAUAUGUGUAAUUAAUCAGAUGGAAAAUACAUCUGAGUUCCAAUCAAUUGUUCCAUACUUAACAAACAUGCUAGGUGUUUACUAUAAAAACACAUUGACCCCAACUAAAUCAAUUGAAAAAAAAUUGAGCAAUUGUAGCAAUUUGGCGGUGUUUCCGUAAGAUAUUACUUAAUAUACCUCCACAUAAAUCCUUGUGGUAAUUCAUCAGCUUAAAGAAACAAGGUUUCUCAAAUCCUAUAACCAGUCUGAAUUUCUUAUUCUUGGCAUCUGCAUUUCUUUACUGUCAAAAUUAUCCCUUUUUUCAUAUACCAUUAUAUGAAUGUACAUGAGUUGGUUCUCAACAUGCUUUUUAUCAAUGAAAGACUUUUUAUUUUAGUUUUUACAUUAUUUAAAUCUUUUGGAAAGAAGGAAACGUAUAUGUAUUUCAAUAGAACUCAUUUGUUUUAGAUAGUAGAUAAAUAACGUAUCAAAAAUAAUGAAAUAUUUUGUUAAAGAUGUCACAAACAUUGUUAAUUUUCAAAUUAAUUCAAUAUUUUAUAGAACUUUUAUACAAUCUGUAAUUUAAGUUAUUGCAUCCUUAGUGCUACUGAAUGUAUUAAGAUAAAACGCUCUAUUUUUAUUUGAAGUUUCAUUUUCCAGCGGCUUAUCAUCUGAAUUGUUUCUUGCCUGAAAGUUGUUAAUUUUUAAGGCUUGGUAUUCAGAAGGCCCAUGAAAUCAAUAUGAAAUAAAGUUCAUUUAUCUGAGAGAAAAAAAACCCUGUAAUUUCAAACAAAGUCUGUUUAAUGGAGGAUGAAAAAAAUAUGUCCUCCACAGAUGGUUUCAGACUAAAAGAACUGAAUAAGUUCAAAUAUCUUUUUUUGAAAUAGAUAUGUUUAUUUGUCAGAAGUCCAAAUAUGGUUCUGGAAAUACGUACAUACAGUAUGAAAAUGGGGCUCAUCUGUCUGGAAAAUCAAAGUACGGUCCCUCAGACCCAGUUUACAGUACUCAAAUUAUAACGUGAUAAAUGUGUGCCACACCUAAGUCGAAAAUAGGGGGCUCUGGAACUAAAUCAUUGCUUAAAAUGCCAUGCUCUGGAAUUGACCACAUCAAAACAGGAGGUCUCCACAUCUCAUAUGGUAUCUAUAUGGUAUCACGGUAGUAGAACGAGAAACACAAAUUUGAGUGUCUCUGGAUUGGGAAAAAAUAUAGAAAUCUUUAUGGCUUUCACAGAGAUGCCAACCAGUACGAUUUUAUCGUAUUUAGUACGAUAAAACAAUUAAAAUACGACAGUACGACUUUGGCCAUCAAAAAUACGAUUUCCCGACUUUCUGUCAUUGUCCUGUUUUUGUCCCAUGACUGGUCAUGUUGAGUUUUUGUGAAAAUCUGAUUUUUCACUAAAAAAUAUGAUUUUUGAGGAUAUUCAGUCUGAUUUUUUGUGUCAAGAGGUUGGCAUCUCUGCUUUCUAAAUUGGCGAUGCUCUGGAAAAUGGGGUCUCGACCGUGGCACAUACUUAUACAUUUAUACUAACCUCUAUUGUUACCAACUACUUCUAACUUACCGUGGCAUUAUUCGGCUGCAGGCAUCACAGACAUGUCCAGACUAGGCAAGCCAUAGCCUAGCCUAGCAUUUUUUCUUGUCAUUAAUGACAAUUUGUGUUUAAGAAUUAGAUCUAUAGAUCUAAGCCUGGGGCCUAAGUAACGUUGGAAAGGUACUAGCAAUUUGAGGGUGCUGAUUCAUUCAUGGCAUGCAACACGAACGACCACAAUUUUGUAAAGAACAAGUCCACGUGCAUGUGUACUCUUAUUCUUAAGACGCAAGUCAUGAAUAUUCAUAUUGGGGUUCGGAACUACUGUGGGAAAAAUAAUAUUGCAGCCUGGUCCUGCACUGUAAACAGGGUUUUAGUCAAUAAAUAGAAUGAGUUUCAUUAGACUUAUGAACCCAGUUUUCCAUUUUGCACAUACAAAUCCCUACUAAUAAAACAUUUUGUACAAUUGGUCUUACAAACCAUAGAUAUUUUGGGGGUCCAAUUUUAUUGUCAGACAAAUUAAUCAUAUUGUGUGUUGGUACAAGCAGACCUUGGCAAUAUAGAUCUUGAACUCAUUAUUGGAUUUUGGGACAAUCAGAAUAUUUUGUCUUUUUGAGAUAAUAUCAUUCAGAAAUUAUUAACUUUAAAAGUAUUGCAGUAAAUGUUUGGAAUAAUGAACGUUAUUUCAUGUUGAGAUUGAAGAAUUCUGAGGCAUCCCAAUUUCAGAGUUAAGAAUCCCAAUCCUGACAACAGUUCAAAUCUCUUUAUGAUAAUAAGCCUUUAGAAUAAAAAUGAAAUGAUGAGUAUAGAAUGAUUCUGAGUGACAAACCAGUAGAUGUCUAAUUUCUUGGUUUUGGCCUGAUUUUUUAACCCUUGCAUGCUCAAUUUUGAAUGAUGCGGAUAUUUUUACUUUGUUCACCAUUCAUUUUUAUUUUUGUUGAUGAAGAUCAUGGAUCAAUCACUUCAUAAACAUUUUUCAGCAUUGCUUAUUAACAAUUAGCAACAUCAAUACAAAUGUUUUUUGGAAACUCCUUUUUCAGGCCAAACCUGUUAACUGGUACCCUAGAACAAUAAAGAAGAAUAUGAAAGAGAAAAGUGAUCUGUUUCAAGCCUGUCACAAAGUGUAUGUCAUCCCAAAUCCUUUAUCUGUAACCUGGUAUGCCCCCUCCCAUUUUCUACAUCCAUAACCUCUAUUUGUAUUAUAUGUUUACCUCUGUACAUUCAUAUUAUAUUUAACAAACAUAUGAAGAGAAGAUUUUUUGCUAGACUAUUUAAUUACUGUAGUUAGAGUGUGCAUUGUAGAUUAGGUAUUGAAAUGUAUUUUGUAGAAGACAGUUAGUUGAAUGGAGGAUGGACUGAUACACACCCAUUUUUAUUGACAAAAGUAUAUAUUCUUCUUAUUACCAUCUAGGUUGUGUAUUGUGUUGGAGGAAUUAUUGAUUUGUACGUGACGCAAAAUACAUAAGUAAAAUUGUUGAUAUUUUUUUAAUGAAAAGCUAUGAAGAGCAUUGUCAAAUGCACAUUGAUUGGUUGGUUUGUCAGUCAGUUAUUUUAAGUUUUGAUGGACUGUGGUCAAUAGAUGCUGCAAACCCCCUAUUGUAUUUACCUGUAUUUUGCUCCAUGUAUCAGUAGAGAUGUUUUCCCUCAAUUUACUUGUGAUAUUAGAGAUACAUGUAGGUCCUAUCAAAUAAUCAAGAGUUUUAAAAACAAAAUAUGAAGCUGUAACCAAAUUUCAAAUAUUCUGUAGAGUGAUCAGUUAUGAUAAUUUCUCUGAAUGCUUUAAUGUUAUUUUUAAUGAUUAUUUUUAACAGCUUAUUUAUUUUCACUUUUUAAUCCAUUAUUUCAAGUAUUGGCUAUCAAUCGCAUACAUUAUGCAUUAUGACUGUGUAUCUAAUUUCUUUAAUAUAAAUGAAUAUACCUUGGUCAAAACCAAGUAAGUAUGUUAUUUUCACAGUGAUCUUUGUCAAGAAGGCUUAUUAAAUUACAGUAAAACUUUGCUGAUAAGUUCAAAUAAUGCCUGCAGUAAGGAAUGCCAGAUGGCAUGCCUUCCAGAUGGGUGGGAUUCUUUACAAGUAAUGGGAAUUUGUAAUAAAGGUCAUUUCAUUUCUUAUCUUCAUUCAAUCAAGUUCAUAAUGAUAAAUUAAUUAGUCUGAUCACAUCACUUAUCUUAUCACCUAUCACACAACUAAAUCCUUUGGCCAGGAUUCGCAAAAGAGGUUUAAACGAGGAGGGGUUGCAAAACAAUGGAAAAGCAGAAAUUCAGUAAUCAUUGCAUUGUUUUCUAAAUUAUGCACCAAAUUAUGCACAAUCAUACAGUCAAGAAUCUGCACAUUCCAUUGUUUUGCAACCCACUCAUUAUAUAUGUGAUUAAGUUAUUUAUAAAGCAUCACUACUUUCUCAGUUUCCUAAAAAAAAAUCUUGGACUCACUGUGUACAAGAGUGUGUUCUAUCAUAAACUGGUAAAAUUCUGAUUGCAUAUAAAUGUAAUCUAUUAAUUGAGGUUAAUUCAUAUCUCUUUCAGCACUACAAAUACAAACAGUAGAUAUGUCGGUUAAAGUGAGGGCCCAUUUCCUGAUUUUUUGGGUGGAUGUUUUGUCAUGCUUUACAUAUGAGUCUGUAUGUGAUGUAAUACUACCAUUGAUAACAUCUUUUAGUUUGUACUCUCUUGCCACAUGUAGCAGCAACUUUGCCCCUAAAGUGCUGAUGAUUUUUGUCAACACGACCUGACCAAGAUUGUUUAAGAUUCCACUUGUUCUAUUUUGUCAUGUUAACCAUUAAUGAGUACAUCCCCACAUGUUUGUGAUAAUGUAUAUUGUGAAUGAAUUGUUAGAACUGGCUGUACAUAUCUUGUACAUUAGGUACAUAGAAUGGGUAUAUGAAAGAAUAAAGCAAUGUGAAUGUUGAAGGCUCUGCAUAUAUAUUGAAACUUGGAAAACAUAAAGAAAGGUAGCAGAAGAGAACAUGUCAAUGUCCAUCUUUCAUAUUUUAAAACAA